AUCUCUUCCCUUCUUUUUCUCUCUCUUUCUCCAGUUGUUGCCUUCCCUCUCUCUCGUUCUUUCUCCCUCUCUGUCUUGCAGUGGCUAAAGGAGGCUACGGAGCUUGCAGUGCGAGGUGGGACGAGGAGGCUAGCGACGCAAGGUGGGAUGGCGGGUUGGUUUCAUGUUCGGCGAAGCUGGGUUCAGCGAUGUGGUUUAGGCUUCGUUCUAUCAAGUUGUGCUCUCUGUCCCCGCCUCUUUUCCUCCCUGAUCUCCGCCUUUUUCUCUACCCCAUCAAGAUAUGAUUUUUUGUAUCAUCUGUUACCUCUGCCUGGCCUUAGUUGUUGUAUUUUUUAUUUGUUGAUAUUUUGUAUUGCAAAUGGUGUUGUUUCUUCUGGUUGCAAUGGUGUGAUUAAGGUAAACGAGAGACUAAAAUUGAUAGUGGCCAAAACACUUUAGUAAAAAUAAACCGUUUUGAGGAACAAGUAAUAAUAGAUCUUUCAUUUAUCAUACCAAUUUUGAUGCAGCUUGAAUGUGUAUUUAGGCUUUUAUUUAAUAAGUAUUUUAGGUUGACUUUAUGUGUACUAGGAAUUUCUUUCUUUUAUCAUUCUCUGUUUCUCAGAUCUAAUGCACAUUAGAUGUUUGAGAAAAUGCCUCAAACAACUAGAAAAUGUUUGAUCUUGGCAUGAAAGUAAAUUAUUUAUCUCUCUGGUUGACUAUAAUUAAUGUUAUUUUUAAAUGUAGGGGAAAACCUUUGUAAUUGAAUUUGAAGAAUGAGUAUAUGAUACUUUUAGACAAUGUUGAGACUGCUGAGGGUAAGCCUUAGAGGCAUUUUUUUCACUGCCUCACCUCAAGGUGUACGCCACAAACGAUUUUAAAAACCAUGAUACUGAGGCAGAAGGCAUGAAAGUUCUUACUAGAAGUUGUCAGUUUCUCAAGCCUAUUGCUGCUCCUGCUUUUGCAGCAAUGCAUUGAAUGUCCAAAUAUUCAUCAAGAUGCACAGGGCAGAUUAUGCAGAAAGACAUCUUAGAGUCAUGCAACAGAUAGAUGAGGAUCACACACUAACACAACUUGCAACAUCAUGGCUCAAUCUGGCAGUGGGUGGCUCUAAAAUACAAGAAGCAUAUCUUAUCUUCCAAGAUUUCUCUGAGAAAUAUCAGAUGACCAGUUUGGUUCUUAAUGGGAAAGUCAUUUGCUGCAUGCACAUGAAUAACUUUGAUGAAGCUGAAACUCUGCUGCUUGAAGCACUUAACAAGGAUGCUAAGGAUCCAGAAACUCUUGCCAAUCUAAUUGUGUGCUGUCUUCACAUUGGCCUCUCGUUUCCUCACCCAAUUGAAACUUGCACAUCCAGAUCACAUCCUCAUUAAAAGGUCGACAUCGGCCAAACAGGGCUUUGACAGAGCAGUUCAGACAGUUGCUUGAAGACCGAGUGUGGUGGGAAGAACACAUAUAACCGUGAGGAUAUCAAUGAAACUCAAAAUGAAUGGACAGCCAAGCUCCUUGAGCGGAUGAGCCAAAGUUAGAGUAACUUUUGUAAUUAGAAUUCAAAAACAAACUAAUUAUAUUUAAGUCAUGCACUUACAUAGUUAAGGCAAGAAUUCCUACAUAUUUGAUCUUGUAGUUUUUAGAUUUGGAAAAUACUGAGUUCUAUUGAUUGUCUGCUUGCUGAUUCUGUCUGAACUAUGUUGUAAUUACACAAGAAAUUAUGAAUACAUAUAGUAGUUGAAAAUAGAGAAAUGAAAAAAAUUCCCAUAUUCUACA